AUGGCAGCAGCUACGACGGCAUCCUCCGGCGACUUCCAGGUCCGGACCGCGACCGUGUCGCGCGUGACGAACGAGACGCAGAUCGAGUGCACCCUCGGCCUCGACGUGCACCCCACCCUCGCGCCGCAGGUCAUCAAGGUCAAUACUGGCAUUGGCUUCCUUGACCACAUGCUACACGCGCUGGCCAAGCACGGCGGCAUGUCGCUGACGCUCAACUGCAAGGGCGACCUGUGGAUCGACGACCACCAUACCGCCGAGGACUGCGCGCUGGCGCUGGGUUCUGCCUUCAAAAAGGCGCUGGGACCCGUCAAGGGCAUCAAGCGGUACGGCACGGGCCACGCCCCGCUCGACGAGGCGCUGUCGCGCGCCGUAAUCGACAUCUCGAGCCGCCCCUACUGCGUCGCCGAGCUCGGCCUGAAGCGCGAAAAGAUCGGAGACCUCAGCUGCGAGAUGAUUCCGCACGUCUUCCACAGCUUCGCCAUCGAGGCCGGCGUCACGCUCCACGUCGACUGCCUCCGCGGCGACAACGACCACCACAGGUCCGAGUCGGCGUUCAAGGCCCUCGCGCUGGCCAUCAAGGAGGCCAUCACGCGGACAGGCCUCGAUGAUGUCCCGAGCACCAAAGGUGUCCUCUAA